GCGCUCGCGGCGCUGACGUGUCCGGGCGGGCGGUGGCGGCUCCUCCCGGCGCCCGCAGCCACUCGUCGCUGCGAGAGAGGGGCGGGGUGGCCGGGGCCGCGCUCCCCGGGGCCAGCUCGCGGCCCGCCCCGCCGCCCCGGCCCCCCGGAUGAGGGUAUAUAUUCGGAGCUGGCGCGGGACGCCGAGGAGUGGCCGCACGGAGCCGGAGCCGGGCGGAGCCGCGAUCACGCUGAGGGAGGUUUACAGGCCCAGAGAUUAUACCUCUGUCUUCACCACCACCAGAGCAUUAUGAAUGUUAAUGAUCUCAAAGUCAGGUUGUCCAAAGCUGGACAGGAACACCUGCUACAGUUCUGGAAUGAGCUGGAUGAAGCCCGACAGGUAGAACUUUAUGCGGAGCUCCAGGCCAUGAACUUUGAGGAGCUGAACUUCUUUUUCCAGAAGGCCAUUGAAGGGUUUAACCAGUCGUCUCAGCAAGAGAAAAUGGAUGCCCGCAUGGAGCCUGUCCCUCGAGAGGUGUUGGGCAGUGCCACCAGGGACCAAGAUCGGCUGCAAGCCUGGGAGAGUGAAGGACUUUUCCAGAUUUCUCAGAACAAAGUGGCAGUUCUCCUUCUAGCUGGCGGGCAGGGGACGAGACUUGGUGUUGCAUAUCCCAAGGGAAUGUAUGAUGUUGGUUUGCCGUCUCACAAGACGCUUUUUCAGAUUCAGGCGGAGCGUAUCCUGAAGCUUCAACAGUUAGCUGAAAAAUACCAUGGCAGCAAAUGUAUCAUUCCAUGGUAUAUAAUGACCAGUGGCAGAACAAUGGAAUCUACAAAGGAAUUCUUCACGAAGCACAAGUACUUUGGUUUGAAAAAAGAGAAUGUAAUCUUUUUUCAGCAGGGAAUGCUCCCUGCUAUGAGUUUUGAUGGGAAGAUUAUUUUGGAAGACAAGAACAAGGUUUCUAUGGCUCCAGAUGGGAAUGGUGGUCUUUAUCGGGCGCUUGCAGCCCAGAAUAUCGUGGAGGACAUGGAACAGAGAGGCAUUUGGAGCAUUCACGUCUACUGUGUUGACAACAUCCUAGUGAAAGUGGCAGACCCCCGGUUCAUUGGCUUCUGCAUCCAGAAAGGAGCAGAUUGUGGUGCAAAGGUGGUAGAGAAAACGAACCCUACGGAGCCCGUGGGAGUGGUUUGCCGAGUGGACGGGGUCUACCAGGUGGUGGAAUAUAGUGAGAUCUCCCUGGCCACAGCUCAGAAACGAAGCUCGGACGGGCGACUGCUGUUCAACGCGGGGAACAUUGCCAACCACUUCUUCACUGUCCCGUUUCUGAGAGAUGUUGUCAAUAUUUAUGAACCUCAGUUGCAGCACCAUGUGGCUCAAAAGAAGAUUCCCUACGUGGAUUCCCAGGGGCAGUUAAUUAAGCCAGACAAACCAAAUGGAAUAAAGAUGGAAAAAUUCGUCUUUGACAUCUUCCAGUUUGCAAAGAAGUUUGUGGUGUAUGAAGUACUACGUGAAGAUGAGUUUUCCCCGCUGAAGAACGCGGACAGUCAGAACGGGAAGGACAAUCCUACUACCGCGCGACAUGCCCUGCUGUCCCUUCAUCACUGCUGGGUCCUCAACGCGGGGGGCCACUUCAUAGACGAAAACGGCUCUCGCCUCCCAGCCAUUCCUCGUGCUACAAAUGGGAAGUCAGAGACCAUCACAACUGAUGUCAAUCUCAACUUGAAGGAUGCCAAUGAUGUACCAAUUCAGUGUGAAAUCUCUCCUCUUAUCUCCUAUGCUGGAGAAGGAAUAGAAAGUUACGUGGCAGAUAAAGAAUUCCACGCGCCUUUAAUCAUUGAUGAGAACGGAGUCCAUGAGCUGGUGAAGAACGGCCUGUGAACUGGAGACUAAGUUCCACCACAGUAAGAAUAGCUUUUACUUUUGAGAGAGCAACUGUGAACCUCAGGGCCUCUCCUGGAAUACUCACCCGUGAAUAUCCACGGGGUUUCCUUUCGCUUGUUGAACUCUUACAACUCCCGCGUGUUCCCCAGGAUCCAGAUGACUGAACUCCAGAAAGCAUUUUUAUGAUUCUCAACUCACUGAAGGUCUUACUUCUAUUUUUCAAUUGUAGACUUUGUUUUCCGAGCCAAGGAAGACGUUGGCCAACCAGGAAAUUUCCUACAGCUGGGGCAUAGUCAGGGUGUUCAACAUCACUGUACUUGGAGCUGGAAACAUUUGUUUUUGAAGUUGUACAUAGUAAUAAUAUGGCCUCGUAUGUGUCAAAAGCUUUCUACGGUACUAAAAGUGUGUUUUAUUUUAUCAGAAAUUAAAUUUUUUUAAGAAAAUAAUUGGACAGUCAAAUAAACUUUUCUUCUGUCUCUGGA